GCUCCCCAGCCCUGCCUUUUUUCAAGAUGGCUCCUCUGGGCAUGUUGCUCGGGUUGAUACUGGCCUUCUUUACCUUCUCUCUCAGUCAUCAGAACCCAAAGGAGUUUGCACUGAUCAACCCAGAGAAAAGUCCCAAAGAAUCAGAGCAAAAGGAAACCAAAGCAGAGGAGGCGUUGGACCCUGAGGACCUGGAGGUGUUUCACCCGACCCAUGAGUGGCAGGCUCUUCGACCAGGUCAGGCUGUCCCUGCAGGAUCUCAUGUUCGGCUAAAUCUCCAGACCGGGGAAAGAGAAGUGAAACUUCAAGAUGAGGACAAAUUUCGGAAUCAUUUAAAAGAAUCAAAAAAAGGCAAAAGGCUGGAUGUCAACACGAAUGCCUACACAUCUGAGGAUCUUAAGAGUGCACUGGCAAAACUCAAGGAGGGGACAAAAUUGGAGAGUUCAAAGGAAGACAAAGCAAGGCAGGCUGAGGUAAAGCAGCUCUUCCGCCCCAUUGAGGAGCUAAAGAAGGACUUUGCUGAGCUGAAUGUUGUUAUUGAGACUGACAUGCAGAUUAUGAUACGACUGAUCAACAAAUUCAAUAGCUCCAGCUCUAGUCUGGAAGAGAAAAUUGCAGCACUCUUUGAUCUUGAAUACUACGUCCAUCAGAUGGAUAAUGCUCAGGACCUGCUCUCCUUUGGGGGUCUCCAGGUGGUAAUCAACGGACUGAACAGCACAGAGCCCCUGGUGAAGGAGUAUGCGGCAUUCGUACUGGGAGCUGCCUUUUCCAGCAACCCAAAGGUCCAAGUGGAGGCCGUUGAAGGAGGAGCCCUGCAAAAGCUGCUGGUCAUCUUGGCCACUGAGCAGCCUCUCGCCACCAAGAAGAAGGUGCUGUUUGCCCUCUGCUCCUUGCUGCGGCACUUCCCCUACGCCCAGCAGCACUUCCUAAAGCUGGGGGGGCUGCAGGCGCUGAGGAGCCUCGUGCAGGAGAAGGCCACUGAGGUGCUGGCUGUGCGCGUGGUCACGCUGCUCUACGACCUGGUCACCGAGAAGAUGUUUGCCGAGGAGGAGGCCGAGCUGACCCGGGAGACCUCCCCAGAGAAGCUGCAGCAGUACCGCCAGGUGCACCUCCUGCCGGGCCUGCGGGAACAGGGCUGGUGCGCCAUCACCGCCAACCUCUUGGCACUGCCCGAGCACGAUGCCCGCGAGAAGGUGCUGCAGGCCCUGGGUGCCCUCCUGGCCACCUGCCGAGACCACUACCGUGAGGACGCCCAGCUCAGCAGGACGCUGGCCGGCCUGCAGAUGGAGUACCAGGCACUGGCUGCCCUGGAGCUUCAGGAGGGCGACGAUGAGGGUUACUUUCGAGAACUGCUGAGCUCUAUCAACAGCUUGCUGCAGGAGCUGAGAUGA